ACAACAUUAACACAAGUUUGCAAAUUUUGCUACAGUAAAUCAUAAGUUAUAAAUAACCUUUACGAGAUUUAUAUACAUUUCUUCAAUAUUUCUUGAGGGGAAAAAAAGAAAUUGGAUACUCUUGGAUAAUAUUAAAGUAAAGAUCUUUUAAGAUCUGUGACAGAGACUGCGCAAUUUCUAAUAUAGUCAAGUUAUUGUCUUUUGUAAAAACUGAUUCCGAUAUGAAGGAGAUCAUCCAGUAAGAACAAAUUGCUCCCCAAGGCUGGAUUAUGUCAGUCACAAUCGAUAUCGAAUCUCUAGAGUUAGAAACGAUGUUACUAAAGACUUAUCAACAGGCAGACGUCAACGGUAGCAACUUGACUUCUUCCCAAUAUUGGGAAAACGUCCUGAAUCCGGAAUUCUUGGCCAUCGUUCCUCAUCAUUGGCUCCAGUUUCCCGUUCCGGAUGCAAGAAUCCAAUUUUUUCUGGGAGUGAUUUAUAUAUUCAUUCUAAUACCUGGAAUUGGGGCUAAUUCUUUGAUAGUAUUUCUAUUUUUUAAAAUCAAAUCUUUAAGGACUCCUUCGAAUUUGCUUGUAUUUAAUUUAGCCGUCAGCGACUUAAUGAUGAAUUGUAAAAUGCCUUUGUUUGUAUACAAUAGUUUUUCUUUGGGGCCAGCAACUGGUUUGUGGGGUUGUCAACUUUAUGGAUUCGUAGGUGGUCUUUCGGGAACGUGCGCCAUUUUAACUAUCUCUGCCAUGGCUUUCGAAAGAUACAACACCAUAUCUAAUCCAUUAGAUGUCAAUGUAAAAAUGAGCAAAUCUAAAGCUUACAAGACUGUUAUUUUCAUCUGGAUUUAUGCUUUAAAUUUUUCUAUUCCUCCUCUCUUCGGCUUGAAUCGAUAUGUACCCGAAGGUUACUUAACCAGCUGUUCUUUUGAUUAUCUGGACGAAAGAUGGCUUCCUCGAGGAUUCGUUUUGGUUUUCUUUGUGGCGGCUUGGUGCAUUCCUCUAGUGAUCAUAUGCUGGUGUUAUUUAGGAAUCUUAAUAAAAGUUAGGAAUCACGAAAAGAACUUCACUCUACAAGAACGUCGAAUGACCAUUAGAAAAAAAGUAGUCAAGAAAUAUUCCACGGAAAUUCGAUUAGCUAAAAUAGCAUUUGGACUAAUUUCGCUUUGGUUCGUGGCUUGGACGCCUUAUGCCAUCGUAGCGCUUAUAGGUGCAUUCUUUGACAGAAAGCUACUCACUCCUUUGUCAUCUAUGAUUCCCGCCUUAUUUUGUAAAUCUGCAUCGGUUGUUGACCCUUUUAUUUACGGUUUGACACAUCCAAAAUUUAAAAUUGAGAUAAAGCGCCUUGUAAAACCUUGUGGUAGAAAAAACAAAGACGAAAUGGUUAGAUCCAGUACCAUGUUUAGAUCUACGAAAUCCAUACAAUCUAUUUCUUCAGAGAAUAUCGAGAUGGAAUUCUUUCCCGAAAGCAUUGUAGCAGACUCCAACGAAUGCAUUUUGUCGGAAAUUAAAGCUGAAGCCAGUGCUGAAGUUAGUGUUUAUACUAUUCCGGUAGUUGACGAUGUUGUCACUCGGGGAGAAGAAGUUAAAACAAGAUACAGAAGAUCAAUUUAAGUGAUCGAUCGCGAAUUAGUGAGAAACACUUUUGUUGGGAAGAAUUGUAGCAUAUCUUACCUGCAGCGGCUGUUAAACUUAGUAUGAUUUGAAAUUCAAAGUGAAAAUAAUUCAUGAAAAUGCAUGAAUAUAGUUAUAGUUUAUAUUGACAAUCAUUUAAGCUUUAGAGUUUAUCAUCUUAAUAUAGUAAAAUCUCGUACCACGUUUCGAAAAUUCAUUAAUAUAUUUUAAAAUAUAAGAUAUACACUGAAUAUGUUUAUUUUUCCC